AUGGCUGACACAACUGUUUCUCACACAAACGGACAUAUCGUCCCGGAAACGGAAUACCGCGGAGCCGAGAAGAAGCUCGAGGCUUCCGUCUCAGCUUUGAGCUCCUCUGGUUCUUCAGACGGCACCCCAGAUGCCAACGGUACGAAGUCGGAAGAGCCCGAUGUAUCCAUCGCUCUGAACGCCGCCAACAUUGAAGCCGUUCCCUCCCUGAUCAAAGAGAUUAAUUCUCUUAGUGGCGAUCUAGAUAGUGAUGACCCGACAGCGCGGCUCAAGCUCAUGGCCAAGGCCAAGAGCCUGUGGCAGUCACUCGAAACUCCCAGAGAGACCAUGCUUCGUCAUGUUUGGGCCGAGCCCUCGCUUCACUGCGCCUUGACGGCUGGUACUGUCAAGGAAGUCUGGACUCAUGUCGCCAAGAUUGAUGGGCCUUUCAAGGUCGCUGAUGUCGCGAAGGAGAAGGACAUUGAGCCUGCUCUUCUUGCCCGUCUUGUGAGACAUGUCUCAUCCAUGGGAUACAUCACCGAGAUUGAUCAGGAUACAUACCAAGCCACAAACUUCAUCAAGUCGAUGGCUUUUCCAUUCAUCAACGCUGGCUACCCUUGCAUUUCCGGAGCCUGUCUCAACGCUCUCGGUCAAUUCCACGAAUGGGCCGACAUCAACUCAUGGAAAGAUGCCACUGACAUAAGCAACUCUCCCCUACAGCUUGGUUACAAGACUGAAAAGACUUUCUUCGAGCAUCUUCACACCAACCCACCGUACGGCCAGCUGUUCCAUCUUCACAUGGGCGGCUACCGCCAAGGUCGACCAUCUUGGAUGGAUGCAGGUUUCUUCCCAGUUCAAGAGAAGCUUAUCGAUGGGUUUGAGAAGUCUGAUGACUCUGCUCUUCUGGUCGACAUUGGUGGCUCUUUUGGUCAUGAUAUUGGAGAGUUUUGCCGCAAGUUCCCCGAUGCGCCAGGCCGUCUCAUUCUCCAGGAUCUACCUGUCGUUAUUGAUCAGAUUACUUCACUAGACAACAAGAUUGAGCGAAUGAAGUAUGACUUCUAUACCGAGCAGCCCAUUAAAGGUGCUCGCGCAUACUACAUGCACUCCGUCCUCCACGAUUGGUCAGACGAGACUUGUCUCAAGAUUCUGGGCCAAGUCAAGGCUGCCAUGAAGCCCGGUUAUAGCAAGCUUCUUAUCAACGAGAACGUCAUCCCUAAUACUGGCGCUCAGUGGGAGGCUACGGCUUUGGAUAUUAUGAUGCUUACUCUACUUGCUUCACGAGAACGUACCCAACAGAACUGGGAGAAGCUACUUGGAGAAGCUGGACUUAAGAUUAGCAACAUUUGGACCGUCGCGAAUGGAGUCGAGAGUCUGAUUGAAUGCGAAUUGGUUUGA